CGCCUUUCGCUUUUGCUUUUCCCUUCUCCACUCGACCACACCACGCCACUCCUCCCCUCCUCAUCGCGAGAGAGAAGAGAAGAGAGGCGAGACGCGAGGCACGAGAGUGCGUGUGGGUGCGGAGUUACUCGAGGAGUGGUAGUACCAGCAGGCAGCAGCAGUAACACUGGUUGGCGGUGGCCACUGGCGGCGAGCGAGGCAGUGGAGAAGAACCAAGAACCCCGAGUUCUCCCUAGGGAUCUCCCCCUUCCCUGCAUUCGAGGGUGGAGUUUGUCCUACUUCAGAGGGAGUCUCAGUCGCUACGCUUGGUGCCCAAUAAUUAGCCUGGAAGCAGGUGAAGUGCUCUCCGCCUCUCCGUGCUGAAAUCUGAUUCUCUGGUCUCCAGGAAUCCUGUUGGUAGGGCAGUUCAGUAGGAGAUAAUUGCUUGCAGAUUUGCCUUGUUUGGUUGAACUGGGAAGAGGGGGUCAAUUAGUGGCUGUGCACUUGUUAUGCUAAAAUUGAAUGGAGAUAGUAGAUAAGAUUGCUGAGCCCAAAGAACCUUUGAUGGUCACUGGUAGGAAGGUGCAGAGCUUGGAGGCACCAAUACCGAUAAAGGCGUCAUGGAAAGGGAAGAGCUCCCAGCAGCAGCAGCAGCAGCAGCAGGAUGAGAAGGAUUUUCCAGCUGAUGGUGAGGAGAGUUUUCUGAGCCUGGAUUCCUCAGACGAAGGUGGCCGGAGUUCUUUCUCAGGGGCCAGUCACCCCCUGGAACCAAUUGAUAUGGAUCUUAUGAAGACGGUCUAUGUCGCAAUUGAUGAGGAGAAAUCCGAGCAACCGGUGUGUUUAGUGCGAGGAGUAUCGGCGAAAGGGCCAUUCAUAGAUGACCUUUCGAUCUGUGUUACAGGCAUGAAGGCCAAUGCAGUGGUAGGUGCAGGCAGUGCUGAUGGUUUGGCUGAAGAGAUGAAGGUGCCGGGUGCUGCGGUGCCAUCAUUGGCAACGGCGCGGUCAUCGCAAGCUACAGAAGCUGUGUCCUUGCCUCCAGAUUCAGAGGAGAAGGACUGUGUCUGGGAUGCCUCGCUUCCUCCCAGCGGCAAUGUGAGCCCUCACAGUAGCAUUGACAGCAUGGGUGUAGUCACGGCGAUGAACACUAUGAGCAGCUGUACCAGCACAUAUAAAAGUGAAGCCGUAUCCAGUGAACCAGUGCCUACGAUGGAGAGGAACUGUGGGAGUGUGAAGGGCAGCGUUAGAGGUGACUCUCUAGAAAGUGCAAAAACCAGCAUGAGUCGAGCAAGUGAUAGCAGUGGUGUUAGUGAUGACAGCAGCUGGAGCAAUAUCACUGGAGGUGCUAGUAAGCCUCACAAGGGUAAUGAUCCUAGAUGGAAGGCAAUACAUGCUGUACGGACUCGAGAUGGUGUGCUUGGAAUGAGCCAUUUCAGACUGCUCAAGCGUCUAGGCUGUGGUGACAUUGGCAGUGUUUAUCUCUCAGAGUUGAGUGGGACAAGGUGCUACUUUGCAAUGAAAGUAAUGGACAAGGCUUCCUUGGCAAGUAGGAAGAAAUUGAACAGGGCACAGACUGAGAGGGAGAUUCUGCAGCUUCUGGAUCAUCCAUUCCUUCCAACUCUGUACACACAUUUUGAGACCGACAGAUUCUCGUGUUUGGUCAUGGAAUUCUGUCCAGGUGGUGAUUUGCACACGCUGCGACAGAGACAGGCAGGAAAACAUUUCUCCGAGUAUGCUGCAAGGUUUUAUGCUGCAGAAGUACUUCUAGCUCUGGAGUAUCUACACAUGUUGGGAGUUGUUUACAGGGAUCUGAAGCCAGAGAACGUUCUUGUUCGUGAUGAUGGUCACAUAAUGCUUUCAGAUUUCGACCUCUCCUUGAGAUGUGCAGUCUCGCCUACACUGAUCAGAGCAUCAGCUUUUGAUUCUGAUCCAAGAAGAGCUGGUGGUUCAUUCUGUGUACAACCUGUUUGCAUGGAACCCACUUCAGUCUGCAUUCAACCCGCAUGCUUCAUGCCCAAAUUGUUUGGUCAGAAGAGCAAGAAGAAAACUAAAAAGACAAGGUCCGAGCUGGGACCGAGUGCCACGACCAUGCCCGAACUAGUUGCUGAGCCAACAUCAGCCCGAUCAAUGUCGUUCGUUGGCACCCACGAGUAUUUGGCUCCAGAAAUCAUCAAAGGCGAAGGCCAUGGAAGCGCCGUUGAUUGGUGGACCUUCGGUAUAUUCUUGCACGAGCUUCUAUACGGCAAGACGCCGUUCAAGGGGUCAGGCAACCGUGCUACCCUCUUCAACGUGGUCGGUCAGCAGCUAAGGUUCCCAGAGUCGCCGUCGACAAGCUACGCGAGCAGAGACCUCAUCAAGGGGCUCCUGGUGAAGGAACCGCAGCACCGCCUGGGCGUGAAGAGGGGCGCCACGGAGAUCAAGCAGCACCCGUUCUUCGAGGGCGUGAACUGGGCUCUCAUCCGGUGCAGCACGCCUCCCGACGUUCCCAGGCCCGUCGAGGCCGAGCUGCCCGUGAAGUACGGCGUGGCGGAGGCGAUUGGGAGCAACAGCAAGAGGAUGGUAGGCGCGGACAUGAAGUCCGGUGGGAAAUACCUUGACUUUGAGUUCUUCUAGGGUUGUGCUGUACUUGCCUAGUGACAAGAGAAGCUGUUGGUUGCAAAACUGCUGGGGCUGGUCAGUUUGGUGUUGUGAUUCGAUGUGCUUGACCUGGUGGUGUUUGUCGCACCACGGCAGCAAAAUUAUCGGAUCUGAAAUUCUGAAUUGGCCAGAAUUAGGUUGAUAUAUGUUUGCAUGUUUGAAUUCUUCUCCCCCUGUGCUGUUUCUGUAGUGUAGUGCUAUCUAACAGUCUGGUUUGAAACAUGGGCUAACAAUUGCGUUCCAGGAAGGCCUCAACGAUGGAUAUUUCUGGAACUAGUAGCGUAUAAGCUCAGUCUGUUUAAUAGUCGCAGAUCAAAGUUCAAUGUGCAUUCUUUCUUGUGCCAUUUACCGUGGAAUUAUGGAUCGACCUUUUACUA